AUGGGCUUCAUUUCGCCAAACAGCGAUAUCGUUGAGCAAGCAGAUGGGCACACCACGUUGCACUCUGCCUCCAAGAUGCUUCCCCAACGUAUCAUGCGGUCAUCCGCCCUCCGCGCGAGCCUUGCAUCCACUCGAUGUUUGCCUCUGGUUCAGCGACGAAGCUUUCUGCCCGAUUCGCUUUCCAAUCGCAAGGCCUUGGAUGCCCACUACCCCGAACGACAAAUACUGUCCGACACUGAGGACCCCGAAAUGAACGGUGGCUACAUCAACCCCCCUCGCAUAAAGCGUCAAUUUCGAGAUCCCUACGCCGAUUGGUGGGACCCCCAAGAGCGUCGAAACUUUGGCGAGCCUGUCCACGAAGACAACGAUGUACUCGGAAUUUUCUCACCUUAUGAAUACACAUGGACCACGCCUGGGCGUGGCCUGAUAAUGAUUGGUACCUUUGUGGCUGCUUUGAUGGGACUUUCGGGCCUGGUAUACCUGAAUUAUCCCGAUCGGCCGAGCUAUCCGCGAGAGUUUGACGGCGGUCUGGAACGUGAGCUCGGUGGUCCCGGAGCUGUGCGGGCACGGAUGGAGGGCGACGAAGAUCCUUGA